GCUGAGAAAAGCAUGAAUUGACGACUGACGCUUGAGUUUGACAAUGUCGUGAAUCAAUAAAUAAACAAGUUUUUUCGGUAUUUUUGAAAAAGUGUUAUUUUCGUGUUGCAGAAUAUGGCUUCGCAUUUGCAGGGACGUAAGGUGGACAUUUCAUUGAUCCAAACCACUGCAAGAAAUAAUUUGAUCAAUUUACUAGAAAAAUGCCCUGGUACAAAAGCUAUCGUUUGGGACUCCAGUCUAGCAGGACCUGUAGGAUUAGUAGCCCAAUAUUCUAUUUUAAGUGAACAUCAAGUAAUCAAAAUGUUUCCCCUUCGAUCCUUACCACUUCCUGAAAAUGAUGUAUCUCAUGUUAUAUUCAUUACCAGACCAAAGCUAGAACUGAUGGAUUAUAUCAGUCAAAAUGUACAUGCAGAUUGUAGAACAAAAAGUGGCCAAAAAAAGCAGUAUCAUUUAUUUUUCGUACCAAAGAAAAGUUUAUUAUGUUUAGAAAGACUGAAACAUAGUGGAGUUUUAGGUAAUGUAAUGUUAAUUGAAGAAUUUGUGUGUGAGUUGUUCCCUUUUGAUUCAGAUUUAGUUUCUAUGGAAAUUCCUGAAGUAUUCAGGGAAUAUACUUUGGAAAAUGACCCAACAUAUUUAUACCAAACAGCCCAAGCUAUUGUUUUUCUUCAAAAACUGUAUGGUCCUAUUCCUAGGGUUUGGGGAAAAGGAGCUGCAGCAAAACAAGUUUGGGACUUGGUUGUUCGUUUGCAAAGGGAGCAACAUAAUUCUGAUACAUUAAAAGCUAACCAAAAAUCUUGUAUUGAUAAAAUAUUUCUGAUAGAUCGUUCAAUUGAUCUAAUAACACCAUUAGCGACUCAAUUAACUUAUGAAGGAUUAAUUGAUGAAAUAUUUGGAAUAAACAACUCUACAGCAAAUUUUCCUAUUCACAAUUUUCUCUCUAAUGAAGAAAAAAAUUCAAAUACACUUUCGGAAGAUAAGAAACAAAUUAUUUUGAAUUCUGGUGAGAUGUUAUUUGCAGAUAUUAGAGAUAAAAAUUUUAAUGCUGUUGGGGCAUAUUUAUCACAGCAAGCCAAAUCAAUAAGUGUACAAAUGGAAAAUAUGCAAGACAAGUCAGUGGAAGAGAUGAAAUUAUAUGUACAAAAAUUACCACAACUACUGAAUAAAAAGAAAGCUUUAGCUCAUCAUACAGCUAUAGCUGAGUGCAUUAAAGAAGUUACUGAUAGUUAUGAGUUUUUAGAUGUUCUUCAAACUGAACAGGAAUUCUUGAACUGCAUUGAAGUAGACAAAUCUAAUUAUUUUAUUGAGGAUUCUAUCUGCAAGCAAAAGCCCUUAUUGAAAGUUUUAAGAAUGAUUUGUCUCCAAUCAUUGACUGCUUCAGGAUUAAAACCUAAAGUUUUAGAAAAUUAUAAGAAAGAAUUAGUACAGACUUAUGGACUGAAAGCUUUACUUGCUGUGACCAAGCUAGAAAAAGUAGGACUUUUGAAAUUGCAAGCUAGUACUAGACAAUAUAUGGUACUAAGGAAGACCUUGAGGUUAACAAUGGAAGAUACCUCUGAAAUGAAUCCUACUGACAUAAGCUACGUCCAUAGUGUAUAUGCACCCCUCAGUAUAAGACUUACAGAACAAGUUACUAAGCAUGGGGGUUGGAAACAGCUCCAAGAUGUCUUGGGUCUCUUACCUGGUGUGUAUUAUGUGGGAUUAGGCUUUCUAUUUCUAACUCAUUCAAUUUUAGGACCAACAAUAGAUGAGUCACCAUCAAUUCCUAAUAAUAUAAACAAAGAAUCCAAUGAUGGCACUAGUGUGGUGUUAGUUUUCUUCAUUGGAGGUUGUACAUUUGCUGAGAUAUCUGCACUAAGGUUUUUGUCACAGUUAGAAGAUUCGAACACUGAGUUUGUAAUAGGAACCACCAAACUUAUAAAUGGCACAACUUUCAUCAACUCCAUUAUUGACUCAUAUUGAUCAAAGUUUUUCAGAAAGGGUAAGAUGUUGAAUAUUUCAAGAUAAUAUUUUAUUUACAUAAAUGUAUAUCAGAAGUUUUAUUUUAAUCAUUUAAUCAUGAUUAUAUCAAUAUAUGUAUAAAACAAAUAAAGGUUUUGAAAAAUAA